UGCAGAGCAGCCUAGAAGGCUUCCUGGGGGAGGAGGGCCUUGAAGAACCAACAGAAGCCCUCGGUGAAGGUGAAGACAGACAGGAAAAGAGUUCCGGGCAGAGGAACCCGGGAAAGGCGGAGAGCAACUAGUCAUAUACAAUCUGACCUGCGUGCAUGCGCACGCAGUGAGGGGCGACGCCGGCCCGGGGCCACGCGUCACCUGGCUCCCUCUUGUAGCCGUGGUGGCGAGCACGGCUCCAGGACCAGAGCUUCCCUUCAGAACUCCACGGACAGACACGGCUCGGCCAGGCCCCCGGGCACCAGCUUCUGGUUACUCCCCGGGAGAGCCGACCGCAAAGCCUGCUGGGGCCUCUCUGGAAACCAGACCUGGUCCAAAGGCCAGUGAACGCCUAUCCGGCCGAUGUGCACAUGUGUCGAAGGACAAGGACACAGGCGUGAUCUUCACUGGAGAAGGCAGAGUUUACCCCCAAUUCGCCAGCGGGCACGAGGCUCAGAGACGCGGAGCGCGCUGCCCGCUUCUCCCAGCAGAUGCGUGAGCAGAAGAGCUGGCCCAGGUGCUGAACCCAGCCCUCUCCGGUUCCACGCCCCCCACCCCGUCCCCGGGGCGUUAGUGUCCCCCCACCGGACGCUGGCCUCUGGGCAGCGCACCCAGAAGACGUUUUAUGAAUGAGUGAACAAAAGAAUCUGAAAUCCUUGCUCUUUCUCCCCCCCGCCCCACCCGCCAGCAGGAAGGAGCCAUCUGCCACUGUGUUUUGUUGUCACUCUGAAAAUCAAAAGCGCAAACCCAGAGUCACAGCUCCGUGUCACAUCAGGUCGGACAGACACCCUAGCCCCUGAUGCCAGGCUGGAGCUCCGUUUGGGCCUCGCGGGCGGACAGACGAGGACCAAAAUCCCACUCAGCCACCAGCCCCUGGAGACCUGAUCCACUGCACCCCACCCCCCCCCCCGCCCCUGCUCUGAGCCUUGGUAUUCCCACCACCGAAUGGAGGUGCCAGGGGACCCACCUACCUUGCUGGCUGCCGUGAGGACUAAGGAGAAGGGACCCUGCAGGGACAGAAGCCCACGCCCUGGGGUCAGAACUGAGGAGAGCAAUAUUCUGUGUUGAAACGAGCUGCAUGCAUUUUCCUGAUCGUCCUUUCAGAAGGGACCUGGCCCCGGCGUCCCCACCCCCACCUGCCCCUGUGUGUAGACGGUCAGUGGCGACGCGACAGUGAAUUCCACCUCUGUCCUCUCUGCUGGCCCGGAGGGUACAGAGGGGCACAAGCGUCAGCCGAAGGUUUCCCUGUGCCAGGCGCCGAGUCCUCCCGCGACCCAGAGGCGGCCAUCAACACCGACAUCAACACCGACGCUGACGGUGACUCCAUGGCGCCUGAGCGCUCGCGGUCACGGUGAGAUGCUGUCGCUGUAUGACAGCACUCUUCAGCACUGGCACAGGGCACUGUCCCCUCUCAGGGCCCUACACGACGUCACGAGGUCCUUGCAACAACCCUCUGCGGUGACUGCCACAACUGUCCCCAAGAAACGAAGGCAGACGGAGGUUUAGUGACUCACCAAUGUCACCCAGCCCAGGGGCGGGUGGGCCGGGACUCGAACCCAAGCAGCCUGGCUCCAGAGCCCAUGGUUGUAAUCACCUAAACAGUUUAUGCCAAUCUACAUCAUGCAAACUGCAGAACUGAAGCUCAGAGAGGUUAGGCAGGUUUCCCGUGGCCACACAGCUAUUAAAUGGUGCCGCCAGGAUUUACAGCAGGUGGGCCUGACUCUGGGGUCCCCGGCCUUUGCAGCCCCUCUCUGGCCCUGGCUGGCUCCUCCUCCCAGCCCCCCAGAGCUGUGUCCGAGACUGAGGGAUCCCUGAGUCACCAGAACUGUGCUCACAGACCUCAAAGUCCCCAUCCCGCCGUGUGGUCCCCCCCUGAGAUUCAGUGUUGAGACCUGUAAGAGGGAUGUGGUUAAAAGGCAAACAGAGGGUUAUAGUGUCACCAGGAAGUCACCUUCUCGUUCCACUAAACCCACAUCGUCAAAGCAGUCCAAGAGUCGAAUGUGUAUCUCCCGACUCUGACUUGGGGGAUGGCUGGCCUUCCUCCACAGGCAGCCCUGGGCCACCGUGCUUCAGGGUGAGUCCUGGAGCAGGGCGUCCUGAUCCUGCUGUGUGACCCUGAGGACCAGUGACACCACAGCCUGACCCUAGAGCUCCCCAUCCAAAUGGCGCCGGUGGCCUCCCCCUUUCUGUGUGGGUCUCUUUGCCUUAGUGGGGACCCCCUUGCCCUCUGCCAGGCCUGGAGAAGGCCGGUGGGAGUAAGCAAGUGAAUGAAUGAAUGAAUGAAUGGAUGGAUGAAUGACCUUUUCUGCCCCUCUAUGGGUAUCUUGGGAGCCCGCUCUCCUCACAGAUGUCCCAGAAGAUGAUUUUGUUCAUGUCUGUGAACGCCCAGCACUCGGGGCACGUGGAGAGGGCCCCAGUCUUUCUCCUUCCUUCUCCUCACCCCAGCCCCUCCUGGCUCUGCCGGGAGUCCCCCGGGGGACCCGGGUGUUACCUCCCAGGGCCUGCAUCGAGAGAGAUCUGGCACCAGCAGCCCAGUCGGGUCCCAUAAAACGCUGCCUGACUCUGCCCAGGCAAUUCUGCUCGACCAUAUCCCCAGGCCUUUUAAUCCAUCCAUUAGAAACAGAAAAAUCCAUUAGCUAACAAAUGUUUCCGCACAGGCCGCUUUCCCUGCUUAUGAGAAAUUAAGUCCACGCGAAUCUCCCCGUCACCAGAUAGUUAAACUCGCCGAAACACAGAGAGUGCCGACCCCUCUCACGACGUAGGCCAUGUUCACGGUGGGCUUGUGAUGUGUCGGGCAUUAUGCCUCUUUGGCAUCCCUGUAAGUAGUGGGUAAUAUUAUGGUUUCCAGUUUUCAGAUGGAAAAAUGGAGGCCCUGAGAGGCAGUGACUUGGGUAGAGCGGUGGCCCUGGGGUGCCGACCCAGGUCUGCCUGACUCCAGAGCCCCCCCUCUGCCCCCACAGUUUCAGCAAGCAGCUCAGAAUCCCAGACCAUUUGGCAGGAAGGACCCUUGGGAGGCCAUAACCUGCGGACUGAUGGGGACUUGGCCUCAGAGAGGGGGAGUGCCUUGCUCAGGGACACAGCGAGACCACGCCUUGGGUUGCUUGCGUUGCUCUUGGGUCCCCCCCCACUGCCUACCGGCCAGAGGGAACUACGUGCCCUCAUCCAAAGCCACCACACGUCGGUGUUCACACUUGUAUGUAUGCAGGGCGGGGGAGGGGAUGAGUUGUGAGCUAUGGAUUCCUGGUGCCCCCAUCAGAGGUCAGGACGAGAGCCCAGGAACUGGCAUGUUGUCAAGCACUGUCGCUGAAGGGGACCCAGCUUACCCCUCCAGGAAGGGUUCUCAGGCUGGGCCUGGUGCAGGAGGAGGUCCGAGGGCCACAGGGAGCCCCCCGCCCCCUCCAGAUGCAGUCCAGGGAGUGGUGUUUGGGAUCCCGGGGAAACUCCGACACAGCCAGGCUUCCUCCAAAAGCAUCGCGAAUCACCUGCACAGCAAUGGCCACUCCAUGCAUCCUGCCGGCAGCUGCCCGCGGUUCUCACUGCUGCCCCACGGCUCGGGUGGGGCAAUGGAGGCCACCCACAGGAAGUGGCCUGGCUGGGCAGGGCCAUCACCACACCCCGCGAUCCUCCCCCGCCCCCAGGCGCCAGGGACUCUGCCCAAGCACAGCCAGUUCUCCCCUACCUUGGCUCCAUUGGAAACAAUCUUAGAAAGCGUCAGGCCCUGCUCCUGUGAACAGGGUCCAGGGCACGGUCUGAUUUUGCCAGAGGCCCAGACUCAGAGCCAGGCGGGUCUGCCCCGUGUGCUGUCUCUCACGGGAUGGGAGGGGGGCUCCCCUAUGUGCUUCCGCCCCGGGGUCUCUGCCCUCAGAUGUGUCUACUUCCCAGACCGACCCCCCCCCCCCCCCCCCACGGCUCUGCAGGGCCAGCUCCCCGCAGGAAGGUGGCGGGAGGCCCAGGCCAGAGGCCAGAGGGGUGGGGCCCCACGCCGAAACAGGACAGGGCUGGGAAAGGAGGUGCCUCCCUCCCUUUACCAUCUUUGUUUGCUCUAUUAAGGGGGGCACUGUAAAGGGAGGGGAAGGGCUGCCGUGGGGCGGGGGCAGCGUUGGGGAAGGAAGAUCAGGAAACAAGGCAGCUGGACGCCCAGCUGGACGGAUGCGCAGAGACCCACCCACAGAGACCGAGAGAAAGUCAGAGAUAGAGACGAGAAGGGGGCGGGGCGGGACGGGGCG